AUGGCUAUUGAUGUUUGCCUGAAACUAGAGGAACCUGCUCGUGUGAGCAAGGAGCAAGACCAUUUCCUGAUCAACCCCUUCGGCCUCCUUUACCAUGAGGUCACUGCAUCAUCCCUCAUCAAGAUCGACUCCGUGGGCAACAUCAUCGACCAUGGCACGACGACCUAUGGCCCCAACCUGGCCGGCUUCACACUUCACUCUGCUAUCCACAAUGCCAGACCAGACGUCAAAUGCAUCCUUCAUGCCCAUACACCAGUUGUUGCUGCUGUAUCUGCCAUGGAGUGUGGCCUCCUGCCGAUCUGCCAGGAAGCACUCAUCCUUGGUGAGGUUUCGUACUAUGACUACAAGGGCAUCGUCAUUGAUGAUGAACAGAAGGACAGCAUCAUCAGGGCGCUAGGUCCCAAGAAGAGGGUGUUGUUCUUACGUAAUCAUGGUGUUGUAUGCUGCGGACAGACCAUUGAGGAGGCGUACUAUCUUACAGUCAAUGUCAUGGCAGCAUGUAAUACACAGGUUCAAGCGAUGUCUGCAGGUAUAGACCAACUGAUCAAGGUGUCCGCAGAGAUUGCAGAGAAGACCAGAGAGGUCGCUUCCCAGGGAGGUGGAGGUGUACAAGGCGAUGAUCAGAUCAAGAAGUGGCGCUGGGGAGAGCUGGAGUUUGAAGCCAUGAUGAGGCAAUUGGAUAACAUGGGUCACAGAACCGGUUACAUCUACCAUGCCCCUCUGGUGCGGUCCGACCCCAAACCACGCAGCGAUGUCGCCUACCCAGCCGUCUCCACCGGCGUCACGUAUAUCUACGAUGACGACGUGGAAGGCAGCAAGUACGAGUCACCCUUGAAGAUGCUGAACAGGAAAAAGGCAAAUGAGAAGACCAAAUGGAUGAAUACACCCAACGUUUACUCUAAGGUAGAAGUACCUGUUGAACAGAACGGAGAGGAGAGCCCAAAGACCAAGACAAAAUGGGUGAGUGAACAAGACAAGACAUCAGGACAACCUACAAAGAUCCAAGAUCCACAGCAGUUUGCUAAACAGAGUGAUAACCCUAGGGAAUUCAAGACAAAGGCAAAGAAGGUGACAGCUGAACACUUCAAAGACAACAAGAACCCAGGUCCCACAUCACAGGUCCUAGCUGGCAUUGAUGACGGCCGUAAAGUACAGAUCGUGGCAAACGACGCCCAGUUGACUAAUUCCCAAGAGAAGUUGCUCAACGAAAAACAGGGCCAGAAUAUACAGCCUGGUCAGUUCUCUGUGGGGUCAAAGGGCAUCGUCCAGCGUGAUCAUCAGAACGAUGCCUUGGUCUAUACCGUCUACUCACCCAAUCCAUUCUGUAGCAUGACAGAGAAAGAUAUCCUGGAGUACAAGAGAGAGAUCGCUGAGAAAACAGGCCAAGAUGUACAAGAGAUUGAAUUAAUCUUCCAAGCUCCUGAAGAAGAGGAUAAUAAGCUUGUAGAUGCUCAGGGUGACACCAAGACAGUCACAACUACCAAGAUCUCUACAACAGUUACAGUAGCAGGAGAGGGCGACACUGCCACGGUAGUCAAGACAAGAGUAUCGGAGAAAACGACCAUCAACGGUAGGGACGAGAAUGAGGACGAUGAUAGGGAGCCCUCGCCUGGUAUAGACAGCACAGGAUCAUCACCGACAAAGGACCCUAUGUCGCCCUCCAAGAAAUCAAAAUCAAAGAAAUUCCGUACUCCAUCGUUCUUGAAAAAGAAAGAGAAGAAGGAGAAGAAAGGAGAAUAGUGCCCUCUAUCGUCGAGUCAUGCAAUGCAGAUGAGAUUGGUUAUGUGUUGUUUGAAGGGAAAACAAAUAAUCAUCAAAUACAAAGAUAUCUGUCUGGGUAAUUUGUGAGUAAAACCAUGUGAUGGCGUUGAACUUUGACAUACCAUGGAAUAUAUGUAAAUUGAUGAGUCGGUGAUGAAAAGAAAUCAAGGCUUGUCAUGUGUAUGAUAUCUAUAUAGUGUAUGCAACGACUCAAAAUGACAACGGUCUCUUGUCUCUUGAGGUUUUCCUAAGAACGAUGAUCUACGCUGUGUACCUAAUUUUAAAAAAAAUAGUUGAUAGAAAUUCAAUCCUUUGCAUUUUCUUAGCCAUUCUAGAGUUGAUGAAUAUAAAAUGAGGUUAUAAUGUAGGGAAUACUCAAUUAUCUUUUUUUCUCAAUGAAAAAGUACUGAUCUUGUUGUCAUGAUUGUGUGAUGAUCAAGUUCUCAUGUAGAUAGGAUGUAAAGCCUGGUUCUUGUUUGGAAAUAUUUCAUGUUCUUAUAUCUGUAGAGGAAGAAUUCUUAUUGCCUUGACUCUUCUUUUCCUACAUGUGAGACACCUCUUGAAAAUUUUGUUUGUAAUCCAUGGAAAAUAUUUGAAAUUGGCAUUUAUUUUCUGUUUAUGCUGCAUUGAAUCAAAGCAUCAGUGAUGUAAAAAAAAUGCAUUGAUUGUUUCAGAUGGGAAUGACUCUUAAAAACAAUGUACGAUCAGAUGUUCUGAAAUAAAAAUUUCUUAUUUUCCAUGGAUUUUCUCUUGCUUGAAAUUGCCCGAAGGUACACAAUAUUUCAUUAGGUGAGCACGUUUCAAUGGUAUAAUAAUCAUGUUUAUUGCCAAAAGUACUUGUAAGUAGUUUUUUUUUCUUGCUAUAUAUACUGAUUAUAAUGCUAAAUGACUUAUUCUUAUGUAGUAUAUGAAAUAUGUGUAUUGUGUAUAAAAGUAAAAUUAAAGAAAGCAUGCGUGAUAGAAUUUUAGUGGUUUAGAGCUAUUUGUAAUCAUCAAUUUUCCAUCAAAACACACAUUGUUUCAAGAGGAAAGAUCGUAGCAUGCUAGAUGAAACGUUGUGUAAAUUACAGCACUGUGCACUGACAGUGAACUUAUAAUUGAUUUUAAAAAAGCACUGUGUAUAAAAUUGUAGAAUCAAUGCCAUUGCGAAUUGUUAUUUAAAGCGAAAAUGAAGUCUUUUUGUAAGUAGUUUCAUGAGAACGGCAGUGUCGUGGGGACAAGCGAGUUCAUUGUGUAAAAAAUUCUUCUUCUGUCGUUCUAUUGAUUUCUAUGAUUCAAGUAAAGAGUGUAUUCAUGUGUAUUCAUAUUCAAACAUGUGGGUGAACAGAUAUGUUCUUAACUGCGUGGUUAACUGAAAAUUCAUUUUUUUAUAUUUGCUGAAAUGUUGAAGUGUAGUUAUAUGUAGUGUAUAGAGAGAGUGGACAAAAAUCUGUGAUUUUCACAGUGAAUGUUAAGUUAAAAAAUUAGGUAUGAAAAGAAUCAUUCCCUUUUCAUUAUGGGACUUACAUGGUGUUUCAACAUUUGAUGUCUUAAAUUUGUUAAAGUCAUGAUUGGGAAAAACCUUCAACUGGUUCAAGAGACCCUUGGAAGUUGGUUUGUAAAUUGUAAAAACAAGACUUGAAUAUAAAGGCAUGGGACUAGCAUUUCCAAAACUGGAUAGGUUUGUGUGUGGCGUGCAAUAGGCCCAGUCAAAGAGCUUAGAAACGAUUGUACAAAGUAAAUCAAGUCGUAAGAUUUCUUUUUUGGGGGUAUAGGUUGCUGUGGGCAUUGGUGAUGGAUACCGCAUAAAAUGACCCUUUUUUUUGUUGAUCGUAUCUGUACAUGAGUUACUGUGCAACAGUUUUCUGUAAAUAUGAGCUGCGUCAAGAACAAUAAGGAAAAUAAUCUUUUGAAAGUUUGUCAAACGCAUGUUUUUGUCAUCUCUGGGGUUUUUUCCUGUCUUUUCAUUUACCCAUUGGUCAUUUUUUGUUAUGUUGUCAAUCUUCCUAUUCCAUACUCACAUUAGAAGAGCAGAUUGAAUAGAUCGAGCAUGGGCAGUUCAGACAACUGUUGAGCAAGAUAUGGAAAGAGAUCUGGGGACUGUUUCAUGAAAGUUUUCAGCACUGACAAUUUGUCAUUAUCAAACGGUUACCAGUCAAGAUACUUUUGCUUCUCAGCCAAUCAAAACCCAAGGAAAGCUAUCAGAUCCGACAACUUGUCAGAACACAACUUUGGAUGAAACGCCUCCCAGAUUUUCGACAUGUAUACAGUUACAGACAAUUGAAAUGACGUCAUCUACUCUGUUUUGUAGAUCUGGCGGCAAUUGAAAUUCAGGUAAAAGAUUUCUUAAAAAAAGAUUCUUGACAUGAAUUUCAUCAACAACGAGCAUUAGCUGUAAGCAUUUCUAAAUGAUUAUAGUGGAUGUUAGGUUUAUGAAACUAGACCUAGGUUGACACCUAAGUCAUGUGAUCGUGUGUAACUGAUGAAUACAUGGUGAUAUGUCAGGCUGAGUUAGGGCAAGUGUGUAGGCUGCGAUGCAUGUGUGCCUUGGUAGUACUAGAUGUACAUCUGAAUAAAGUUGCACUUAACCAACCUCACUUGAUACUAAAAUGUACAUGGAGAUGUAUCUGCUAGUGAACUUGUUAAGUAUUUUGGAACAUUGCAUAUAAAAAAUUGACUAUCAGUAUAGCACUGUGUGGUACUUUUUUUAAUUUUCAUGUGAUCAUACCUCAGCAAUGCUAUCAUACAGACUCUAAGGCAACUGAAUCUUGACUGUUUGUUUUGUGUCUGGUCUGGAUUCUGGUGUUUGUGAGAGGUAAUGAUUAAGAUUGUGGAAGUGCUUCUUCUUUCAAGUUCAGUUGGUUUAGUGCAACUUUUAAGAGCAAGCACAGUAAAAAUAGAGGUAUGGAAUGAAGGUUAGAGUGAAUGAGCGACGAUCAUGUGAUCAUCACAUGGUCUACGUGCCUAUAUCACAUGCACAGCAUGUUGUCGUCAUGUGGUGUCCAUGCAAACCAGAUACUAGGUACAUGUACCAAAAAGAAGAAAUAAAGUUGGUCCACUUUUCAAUCUUAUCUUGGACGGAUGAUUGAAACAGUUUUGGAGAAUUUGAAGAUUUAAAAAAAAAAGGAAAAAGAAAAGAAAAUUAUAUUUUUUAUUUCUCUGACUAUAGAUGUGAAAGACAUGAAAAAAAGCCUUGUUUUAUUGAAAUGCUAAUUUUGUUAAGGAUCUAAUUCUGACGAUUUGUAGUGUUAGGCAUAGACUAGAAAACAAAGAUAGAAAGUAGCAUGCAUAAACUGCCAGCCAUUUUAAGAGAUGAAGAGAUUGUAGAGGUGAAACGCUUAUGAUAUUCUUGUAUUUGAUUCAAUUAACAAAGAGAAAUGGGCAAACUGGGAAAUGACCGUGUGGUUCCUUUUUGUCUGUGACUGUGAUUUGUAUUUAAAUAGGAAAUCAUAUGCAUUGUUGAUGUUGCUAAGAUAAUUAAGUGUACUGUAAUUAUUACGUAUUCAGUGGAUUUGAAUUUUAAACAAUUACUAUUCAUAUUUAAAGAAAUACCGUGUUCUAAGAAUCUACGUAAAGGAUCGUAUCAAAUUUAAAUGUACCUUAUAGUACUUGUAUAUUUUUCUUUUCUCCUAUGGUGCGAUGACUAUUGUAUUCCUAUUAUCUUUUUUAAUGAUAAAGUAGUCCAUCCUCUCCCGUCUGAUUUAAAAGUAGAGGCUCUUUUCGUAUUUGUAUACACAUUUAAUAUAGAUUAGUAUGCUUAUACAUGUUCCGAAAUCUGUCUUUAGGCAAUAUGCAAUCAAACUAUACGUAGCUGCAUUUAUCUAUGUAGAAGCACAUUUGACUUUAUCACACAAUGAAACACAAUGCAUCAUUGCACUUAUUUUAGUUUCCUAAUUUAGAUAGAUUUCAGUAGGUAUGAAGAGGGGGGGGGUAUGGGGGUGAUAAAUCUGCAUUUUUUUAUACAUGUUUUAAAGUGAUCAUUUGGAGAGGACAUGUUCAAGUCAUUUCUCGAAAUCAGCUUCAAUUUUUUAUAAUCUUCAAAGCACUUUUUGUGGUCAUGUCACGAUUUUCUCUUUUACCUUGUAUAAACAUUGAUUUGAUAAUUUUUCAUUCAUCGAUGUAGUCAUGGUAACAAAUAAGAUUAAGAUAUUGGACAGUCAUGUAUUCGUGUUGUCUUCAUUGUUGGCAAUUUGAUAGGAUACAAGAUAGAUAUUAAAAUGCUGUAUAUUUCAAAUAUCAUUCUUUUGUUUCUUGGAAUGAGGCCAAUUUUUUUGUUAAUUUUACUUUGCUUCCUCUAUAGUGGAAUUUUGUAAACUAUUUUGUAGAAUGUAUUCAUUUACGGCAUUAAAAUGCCCAAUAUGUUCAUCACAAGGACAGUACUAGGUACAAUGUCACUGUGUUUUAUUUUUGUUUUUGUAUCGUUGCGUCUUUUCAUUGUUAAAGCCUUAGGAAUCCAUAUUUCUCUUUGCUCAGCUUUUUUUUAAUUUUAAAUUCAACACCAAUCAUAUUGUAUUGCCUUAGUCUUGGACUAAGCCUGAUUGGAAGAAAUAUUACCAAACGUCAUAAUUUUAUUUAUGCAAAGGAAAAGUAGACUAGUUCUCCACAGCAAGAAGACUUUUAGGUUAGCUGGUUAUGGAAUCUUAUUUUUAGAGGAUGAAUAACAAAUUUCUAUCAUCUGAUAGAUGUAUUUUGUCUGAUAAAACUUUUAUUCACAAACCAAAUGAAAGAUGCACAUGCAGUAAGUUGGAAUGGUUAUGAGGGAUUUCAUUGUAUUACUUUUUAAUUUAAGGUAGUUUAGCCUUUUAAAUAGAAAUGAACUCACCUUUUUUCUUCUGUAUUCUGUAAUAUGUACAUGUAUGUUACUGUCUAUCACAAGAGUGUACAUGUUCAAUCCAUGUUUUGAAAACGUGAGACCUUGUACCAAAACAUGUGUCUAAUGGUAUGAAGAAGCGGAUAUGUAUAUGUACAUUAUGACUGAAAGUUUCUUCAAUUCAAAAUCCAGAUGUAAAAAUGAACAUUUUUAAGACAGGGCAGUGAUUAUUAGAUUGUCUUGGUUUUUAUUUUGACAUUCUGCUUGGUUUUUUUUUGUAUUCCCUGCUGCGUAUCUGGUCCUACACAGUUAUGAAUGAGGUCAACCAGUCAUUAUCUUUGCGAGAUUCCAAACCAAUAUCAUGCCAUUAGGGGUUACAGAUACCUCCCAUUGUAUAUUUUAAGAUAUAUUCUGUUUCCGGUACAAAAAUUCCUGAAACACACCAUCAAAGGGAAAUCACACCACUACACGAAUAGUCAUUAGUCUUUUUCUGUUACAAAACCAUGGUUGACGUUUCAGCAAAGAGAGAAGAAAAUAAAUUGCGCCAGUGCUUGUCAUUUAAAGGUAUUGCAUUCCAAUAUAAUUACCAGUGGGGUUUUUUCUGACAUUUAAUAAGUACUAAUCCAAAUUUGAUGCCUAUGUUAAAGAAUUAAUUGCUCUAUUGAUCUUGAUGGUUAUGAAAUAUGUUUUUAUUUGAUUUAAUUUUUCCUAGCCUCUACUUUUAGCGAGUGCUUGUCCUCUCUUUAUACAUUUCACACACACUAUUUUUCCCUCUGGAAUUUGCCAUAUAGUGAGUUAUAAGUAGUAGUCUGUGAAAAAGGGGGGAAUCCCCCCUGCUUAUAUAGUUGCAAUAUUGUGUCUUCGUGUGAUGAUGGAAAAUAAAAAAAAAUAAUAAAAAACCAA